GCAAGCGGAGCAUGGUAACUUCUCCAGCAAUCAGAGCUCUCUCUCUCACAUCAGUGGCAUGCUUCAUGGAGAUAUGCUCUUCUCACUGCCCUCUGCACCAGCAACAUGGAUUGUCACAUCUCCAUCCUCUUCUUUCUCAUCUGCUCAGCUCGCAGCUGCUUCGGGGAACUGAUUCUCCAGCCUACCAAUGAAGUUAAUCUCCUGGAUUCAAAAGCAAUUCAAGGGGAGCUGGGCUGGAUCUCCUACCCAGCACAUGGGUGGGAAGAGAUCAGUGGGGUUGAUGAGCAUUACACCCCAAUCAGGACCUACCAGGUGUGCAAUGUUAUGGAUCAUAGUCAGAAUAAUUGGCUGAGAACAAACUGGGUCCCAAGAAAUUCAGCUCAGAAGAUCUAUGUGGAGCUCAAGUUCACAUUAAGGGACUGCAAUAGUAUCCCAUUGGUUUUGGGAACUUGCAAGGAAACUUUUAACCUCUACUACAUGGAAUCAGAUGAUGACCAUGGGGUCAAAUUCCGAGAACAUCAGUUUACCAAGAUUGACACAAUUGCGGCUGAUGAAAGUUUCACACAGAUGGACCUGGGGGACCGUAUUCUCAAGCUCAACACUGAAGUUCGAGAGGUAGGCCCAGUGAACAGGAAAGGCUUUUAUUUGGCUUUUCAAGAUGUUGGUGCCUGUGUUGCCUUAGUAUCCGUCAGAGUGUACUUUAAAAAGUGCCCUUUUACAGUGAAGAACCUGGCAAUGUUUCCAGAUACAGUACCUAUGGACUCCCAGUCCCUGGUGGAAGUCCGAGGUUCUUGUGUUAAUAAUUCCAAGGAAGAGGAACCACCCAGAAUGUACUGCAGCACAGAAGGGGAAUGGCUGGUGCCCAUUGGCAAGUGUUUAUGCAAUGCUGGCCAUGAAGAGAGGGGCUAUGUUUGCCAAGCUUGUCGACCAGGGUUCUACAAGGCCUCUGCUGGCAAUUUGAAGUGCUCCAAGUGCCCACCUCACAGCUCUACCCAGGAGGAUGGUGCCAUGGACUGCAGGUGUGAGAAUAAUUACUUCAGAGCAGACAAAGAUCCUCCAUCCAUGGCUUGUACCCGACCUCCAUCUGCACCAAGAAAUGUUAUAUCUAAUAUCAACGAGACCUCCGUUAUACUGGACUGGAGUUGGCCCCUGGACACAGGAGGCCGGAAAGACGUGACCUUCAACAUUAUAUGUAAAAAAUGUGGGGGGAGUGUUAAACAGUGUGAGCCAUGCAGCCCCAAUGUUCACUUCCUGCCACGACAGUUUGGACUAACCAACACCACAGUGACAGUGGUAGACCUUCUAGCACACACUAACUAUACAUUUGAGAUUGAUGCGGUUAAUGGAGUGUCUGACAUGAGUUCAUCCCCAAGACAGUUUGCUGCAGUCAGCAUAACAACCAAUCAGGCUGCUCCAUCACCUGUCACAAUAAUUAGGAAGGACCGGACAUCUAGAAACAGUGUCUCGUUAUCUUGGCAAGAACCUGAACAUCCUAAUGGGAUCAUUCUGGACUACGAGGUCAAGUACUAUGAAAAGCAGGAGCAAGAGACAAGUUAUACCAUUCUGAGGGCAAGAGGCACCAAUGUUACCAUCAGUGGCCUCAAACCUGAUACCACUUACAUAUUCCAAAUCCGAGCCAGAACAGCAGCUGGAUAUGGGACCAACAGCCGCAAGUUUGAGUUUGAAACUAGUCCAGAUUCUUUCUCCAUCUCCAGUGAGAAUAGCCAGGUUGUCAUGAUAGCCAUUUCAGCUGCAGUAGCAAUUAUUCUUCUGACAGUUUUGGUGUAUGUUCUGAUUGGGAGAUUUUGUGGCUAUAACAAAUCAAAGCAUGGUGCAGAGGAAAAAAGACUUCAUUUUGGGAAUGGACAUUUAAAGCUUCCAGGCCUCAGAACCUAUGUGGACCCCCAUACAUAUGAGGACCCUAACCAAGCUGUACAUGAGUUUGCCAAGGAGUUGGAUGCUACCAGUAUAUCCAUUGACAAAGUUGUUGGAGCAGGUGAAUUUGGAGAGGUAUGCAGUGGACGCUUAAAGCUUCCUUCCAAAAAAGAGAUUUCAGUAGCCAUCAAGACCUUGAAAGUAGGCUACACUGAAAAGCAGAGGAGAGACUUCUUGGGGGAAGCAAGCAUCAUGGGACAGUUUGACCACCCCAAUAUCAUUCGGCUUGAAGGAGUUGUUACCAAAAGUAAACCAGUCAUGAUUGUCACGGAAUACAUGGAGAAUGGUUCCUUGGACAGCUUCUUACGAAAACAUGAUGCCCAGUUUACAGUCAUCCAGCUAGUAGGGAUGCUUCGAGGGAUAGCCUCUGGAAUGAAGUAUUUAUCAGAUAUGGGCUACGUUCAUCGUGACCUUGCUGCACGCAACAUCCUUAUCAACAGCAACCUGGUGUGCAAGGUUUCUGAUUUCGGCCUCUCAAGAGUUCUAGAGGAUGACCCAGAAGCUGCUUAUACAACAAGAGGAGGAAAGAUCCCAAUUCGAUGGACAUCUCCAGAAGCAAUUGCAUACCGAAAGUUUACAUCAGCCAGUGACGUAUGGAGUUACGGAAUUGUUCUCUGGGAGGUGAUGUCCUAUGGAGAGAGACCAUACUGGGAGAUGUCCAAUCAGGAUGUAAUUAAAGCUGUGGAUGAAGGCUACCGACUGCCACCUCCCAUGGACUGCCCAGCUGCCUUAUAUCAGCUGAUGCUGGACUGUUGGCAGAAGGACAGAAACAACAGACCCAAGUUUGAGCAGAUUGUCAGCAUUCUGGACAAGCUAAUAAGGAAUCCCAGCAGUCUGAAAAUCAUUACCAAUGCUGCAGCAAGGCCAUCAAACCUUCUCUUGGACCAAAGCAGUGUUGACAUCACUACCUUCCGCACAACGGGUGACUGGCUCAAUGGUAUUCGGACAGGGCAGUGCAAAGACAUCUUUACAGGCGUGGAAUACAGUUCAUGUGAUACCAUAGCCAAGAUUUCUACCGAUGACAUGAAGAAGGUUGGUGUCACCGUUGUUGGGCCACAGAAGAAGAUCAUCAGUAGUAUUAAAGCGCUAGAAACACAUACCAAGAAUGGUCCUGUUCCUGUGUAGAAGCUUGACAAAAGUGGUUGCUGCCAAAGGUGCGGUGACAUCUGGAGUUAGCAUAUUUCAGCAUUGAGAAUAUUGUUGCAAGUUCCAUACCCACAAAGACACUCAAAUAUGAGUAAAAAAUGCCUUAAAAUCGGAGUGAUAAACUUUUUUUUAAUCAUUUGGUGGAUGGUUGGAUGGAUGUUUUUUUCCCCUUAUAGUAAAUGAGUGAGAAUACAUUCAGGAAAAUUCAUUUAUGUCCUUCAAAACAAAAUUGUGAACAAGGAGCCAUUGAACAUAAACUGAGUACCAUAAAAAACAUACAAGUGAAAAUCAUAGUGGACACAUGGGCAGUGUUUGAUAACAACAGCCCAGAUUGAAGAAGAAAGACUUACAGUAUUUUUAUACACACAAGAGAUCUGUUACAGGUAUUUUGUUUCCUUAAAAACAAGCAAAAUAGAGGACUUUAUACCUCAACCAGACCGUAUUGACUAUCCUGCCAUUUUAAUACUCUCAUCUGUUUAAAAAAAUACAGAAAUAAAGUUCGUAGUGGUUUUAAGUAAUAGUUUACAAAUGUUUUCUUGGCCUUAUGUUAGAUUCCCGAAGUAUGUCCAUGGGGAAAAAAAUUGUCUUAAUUUUUGAAAAAAAUAUAUUUAUUUCCUUUUGGGUUUUUGUUGUGUUAUAUUUAUGCUUUGAUGUUUAAAUUUGGAAAUUGUUACUGCCAAGUGCCAAAUGCUUCCAUAAAAAGUCAAUAUUAGGAAACAUAAUUAACUAGGCAAAUAAUACCAUGAGUUAGUUUCUAAAUUUAUAGAACAUUCACUCCUCUUCUUUAUGAAUACACACAUACAUACAUAUAUGUAUGUAUGUGUGUGUAUACGUAUGUAUAACCUUAUCUAAGAAGAAAAAAACGACAACCCUAUUUUCCAAUUCAGGCAUUAAAAUAAGCCCUGAAGAGUUCAAUCAUUUUGUCUCUUAAUUUAUUAUAAUGAGAUGUGUUAAAUACACUGACCUGUGACUCCCUUAAUUGGCAAAGCUACUAUUUCUGACUCUGUGUUCUCUGGGUAGACAUUGGCAAUGUUGGAAUGAAUUGGAAUUCAAUUCCAAAUUGCUUACAUCAGGUCUAUUUGCCAGUUAUAACACAGUGUCUUUAUAUCUAUAAAUAGACCAUUUCACAAUGAUAAUGACUUAUAACCUUUCUUCCCAAAUCAUAAACCUUUACCAUAAGCCAAAUUAAGGUAACAAACCAAUGGGCUAAAGUGCUGGUCAAAAAUGUUCUAACUUUGGAAAGGUCAUUUAGUCUCACUGCUUCAGUUUAUGUUUGUUAGCAGUAAAUGACAGUAAUUAAGCAAAUAUACUUCACUUCGAUUUGAUGAUAAUGAAUUCAUCAGUGUUGAUAUCACUGUGAAAUAGUAUUACAGGAAAGAGUCUUCCACUAUAUAGCCCUGUGGUUAUGUUGAAAAGCUGUAAGCAAGGUCCACAUUUAGUAAGCAAACUCGAAUGAAGCUUUUUAAAAAGGUUUUUAGUAGACCAACAUCUAAGUCUCUGUCAAACAUCUAUCCAAUGGCUCAAAAUCCAUAGACAAUUAAGUAUAGCCAUUCUCUGUUGGAGUUAAGAUUUUCAACAAAAGGUAACUAUGAACAUGCUCAAAAGUAAUUGAGAACAUGUACCUGGUGGAAAACUAAUAAUAUGUCCUGAAAGAUGAUUUAUCACUAUUUGUGUUUUUUUAAACUUCUUCAAACUUGAAACAUUAAACAUAUGAAGGAUAAAGGAAUAACUUAUUCCAUAAUAAAUAAAAUGUAUACAAACACCCCUGGCCCCCUCAACAACAACAAUGAAGAUGACGACGUUUUCCUUUGGUACAAUGUCAGGCAGAAUAGAAAUUUACUGAUGUCAUACAAAAAACAGUCCUAGAUCGAAAUUAACAAAUGAUGAUUUAUGUUACCUUUGGUGUGAGCUGGGUCAAUUUACCAGUACUUCAGCUUUGCGAUUAAUACUCAAAUUCUGUCAAUGUUGCUUGCAAUUAACUAAAUUUAUUUAAAUGCUUUAUUGGAUGGAAGACAGCAUUGUUCCUCACCACCUCUUGAAAAUAUUAAGUUAAAAUCAUUACCUGAAAUCUUCUUCAAGGUUAUUAGGAAGAGGAACAAUUUAUUGCCUUCUUAGGUAUUUUGAAAGAGGAAGAGAGCAGUUUCUAUGGUCAGAUUACUGCUUGAGUUCUAAAUCUGUACCCAACCUCAUAUUUCCUAUGUCACAUUUAAUUUCUUAAAAGUUGUCAUGGGCAUAUUAAAAAAAAGUGAUUAAUUUUAUGGAAUCUCAGAAAAUUGGGGUAUGAUUGUUUAAUUUCAUUUAUGUGGGCUUUGGUUUCCAAUUGCAAGUAGGAAUUGUUUACACAAAAUCCUUCUCUUCCUUUCUACAUUUUAUUUGUAAGUGACCUCUUAUGAAAUUACUCUACACAAUUCUUCCCUGUACAUAUGUAAACAUACCAGUGUACGAUUCUUAACUGUGGAGUAGAGGUACUAGAAUGCUUGUGGCCAUCUCCUUGUACACAACUGCAUUGAUUUCCAACACACACAAAACAAGAAACCCAUUCACAAAGUUAUGUACCAUAUUAUCUGUUUUUUAUAUCUUAAAUAUAAUUUACAUAUAUUAUUUAUUUCUGUUAACAUACCUAGUUGUGCUGUACUUAGCAUUCAAUAAGCAAUGUAUAAAUGUGUUUUGAUUGGCAAUAUGUAUUUACUUUAACUUGUAUUUUCAAAGCAUUACUCAAUUAGUUUUAUGUUGUGCAAUUGUAGAUGGCCUCUUACUAAUGUAAAAUGAUUUGUAGUGGAAACAUUUAUAUUUUUAUAAUAAACAUAAUGAAAGUAUUUUUUAAAGAU